CAGGGCGUAUGGGGUGGAAUCCGGUAAGGCCACCCCAUCGCCUAAAGCGGUCCUUAAAGGAGAGAGUCGCCCCCCUGCUUGGGUGACUGAAACUGUUUCCCGGGGAAGCGGAGCGAUUGCAAGGGAUGGGAACUUAUUUAGGUUUUGGUUGGGGGCCAAGGGGCUCCGCCCGCAGGCGUUUCCCGUCGCGCCCUCUGGAUUUUGUUUAUCAGCCUCCUCCCCGGCCUCCCCCACCGGGUCCUGCACACGGCCCGGGGCCGGCAGUUCUCGGAAACGGUCCCCAGAAGAGAAGCAAAACCGAAACUGCUCCCGCCGCGCGCCCCGCUCCCUCCCCCGGCGCACACCGUGGACUUGUCCCCUGCGCUGGGCACGCCGCCCGGGCCCCCACCCCAGCCCGUGGGAGUGGCCCAGGCGCUGGCCCGAGGCUCGGAAGGCGCCGGGUGCCUGCGGAGCCACCCAGAGCGGGGCGAGCAGGAGGGCAGGCGGUGCGCUCACCCGGGCCCCCGCGCUGCCUCCGCGUGCCCUUGGAAAGUCAUUCACGCCCUCUGGGCCUCAGUUUCCCACCCGUCUGCUGGGGAGGCCGCCCAGACUUCCCCUUCCCUGGACGCCGCUCCCCGGGGCCAGCGGGAUGAGUUGGUUGGUCAGGAGCUGCGUGCCGGGCCCCGGUGCGCGCUCCCAGGAGCCACCAGCCCCCCCCGGGGCGCCAGCACCCCCGCCCCGACGUGGGGACCCCGGUCGGCCCCAAGGCCACAGCGGGGCGCCCCCUGGGGGUGAGGAGGGGGAGCGGCGGGGGGCGGGGCUUAGGAAGGGGCCCGCCGUCCCCCGCCGGCUCCCCGCUCGCGGCGCCGCGAUGAGAGGUCACCUCCGCCGCCUCGCACAGCGCUGCCUCCCCGACGCCGGGCGCCCGCGCAAAGGCUGGAGGUCCCGGGAACCUCUCAUCCAGAAGGUCAGGAGGCCCUUCCCAGCAGCGGGUCCUGGUUCUUUGGUGCCUGCAGAGAAAUCCUGCCGGAUGGACGUGGAGGCUGUGGACACCGAGGUUCUUGCAGGCGGAGACCAAGGGAGCCCCACCUUUGUGGGCCUCAUCAACCAAGGGCUGACCUGCUACCUCAAUGCCCUGCUGCAGUGUCUCUUCCUGACCCCCGAGUUCCUGGAUAGGAUCCAGUCGUUGCCCAAGUCCUCCAGGCUGGAGCAGACGCUGAAGCAGAUCUUCAGCGACCUUCAGAAGCAACGCGGCCCCGUGCCCACGCGGGACCUCCCCUCCUGCCUGAGGCUGGGCUUUGGCCAGCAGGACGUGGGCAAGGCGUUUCUGCUCCUGCUCCAAAGCCUGGGCCGGAAGGAGCUGCAGGAGGUGUUUCAGAGUGAAGUGGAGAAGGUCAUCAGGUGCUCAGUGUGUCACAGCGAAGACCACAUCCCUUCUGGGGGUGGGACGCUGCUCCUCCCCCUGGCCUCCCACGCCCAGCUCUGUGGUGUCCAGGAGGAGCAGGGGCCCCAAGAGCCGAGCCAGGACCCCACUGGACUGUACCAGGACACAGGUGCUCUGAGCUUCCCCCAAAUCCAGAACUUUGACGACGAAGACAACCUGUUCUUCUGCGAGCACUGCAAUUGCAAGACUCCAGCCUCCGAGGAGAAGCGCUUCCUGCGCCUCCCCGAGAUCCUGGUUCUGCAAGUCAGGGAGCUGACGUUUGAAGACGGAAGGUUUCACAAAACUCAGGAGUCCUUCCGUGUCUCCGAAGUGCUGACCCUGCAAAUCGGUCCCAAGGAGCCGGAGCCAUCUCACUCCGCAGAUCCUCGUGGGGCCCUGCCCAGCCCAGCCCCGGAGCAGAAGCGCUACCAUCUCUAUGCCAUGUGCAACCACUCGGGGGACUGCAGCGGUGGCCACUACACGGCCCUCGUCCGGCCCCGCGGCCAGGAGCACUGGUACCACUUCAACGACCAGCAGGUGCAGCGCAUGGGAACUUCACCUCGGCCUGACACAUGCAGGUGCGAGAUCCCUUACCUGCUGAUGUAUCACUGUGAGGACGGUGGAGACAGGCGGGAGCCCCGGCCUGGUGGCGAAGUGGGGACGACGACCAGGGAUGCGGCCGCCCCAGAGGAGAAGGCGUCUCCUCCGGAAGUGUGGAGGGAGACCCCCGAGGCGGACUCUGUCCUCCACCCCCAGGGAGGGCACACCGGCCCUAUCCAGAAGGAGAGGCAGGAGAGGACGGCAGGGGACGCAGCUGCCCAAGACCUCAGGGCGCCUGGGCCAGGGUGGGAGUCCCCGGGAGCAGACCCUUCCACCGUCUCCGGAGGAUGGCCCACGGAGAGGCCCCCUCCUCACCCAAGUGGCCAGCGCAGUGGCCUUGGAGACAGCACCAUGGAGCUCAGCUUCCUGUCUGAACUUGCCCAGGGGACCUCGUGGGGGCCCACACCCGGCGGGGUGGCCCAGGGGAAGACGCCAGGGGCCGAGGGCAGCCCAGAGCCUCCAGCGCCCGACACAGGGGCUCAGGACACCCCAGAGACUCGGCCCACGGAGAGGCUGCCUUCCCACCAGCGUGACCAGGUCAGCAGCCGUGCACAGGGUGCUGAGCAGUGCCGACCCCUGGCCGGGCCGGCCCAGAUGGAUGCGCAGGAAGAGGAGCCCGAAGUCGGGGAUCCCGAGAAGAGGGCCGGGGACACGGCCGUCCCAAAAAAGACGGGGCCACCCACAGAGAGCCAGAGCAAGGCACUGAAGAGGGACACCACUGCCGCCUUCCCCCAGGAGGGCGCCACGGCCAGCCCCCUCCCGGACCACGGGGAAGAGGGGACGGGGGGCGGACACGGCAGCGCCCAGCCCAAGAGAAGGCAGGGGGACAGCGGGAGCCCAGAGGAGGCCGGAGAGAAAGCCGACCACCAGGGUCCAGAAGAGCCGGAGAGGAGCCCGGAGACAGAACCGGUGGCCGAGCCUCAGGACAGCCCCACAGCCCUGCCCAGCUGCCACAGCCCGCCCGAGACAGCCACCACCCCAUCUCUCAGUGGAAGCAGCAGCCGCCCCCCAGAGCCAACGCCAAGCCCGGAACCUGUCCAGCAGGACCCCGAGCCUCUCCUGGCAGCCACACCCCCAGCGGCAGGCGCCACGUUCCCGGCAGCACCCUAGGGCCUCCUGGCUCCUGCCCCGCACGAGGCCCCCCCACCUCUCACCCACAGCCCCUUCCCCACGGCGCCCCUCCCCAUGUCCCCACAGCCCGUCCCCCGUCCAUCACUGUCGCCCUCACCUCCAGCCCAUGGCCCAACCUCCCUC